AUGUACAAGGCACUGCAACGGUCAGUAGAACGCCAUUUGGUCCGCGGCUGCGUGGCGACACACAAGUGCGGCCGCAUAGCGUGGGCAGCCGCCCGCUCCCGCAACCUGGGAGGCUCGCACGGAGCCAGAGCUGCACGACAAAGCGGAGCUUCCGGCCAACGUCAAGCGUACACCCCUGCCCAGAACCCCUUGGCGUCGUCGCUAAAGUGGACAAUCGAGCACUAUGAUGUCGAUGGCGCACUCUGCCAGGAAGCCCACGACUCGCGAAUGGCCAUUGGAAACCCUGCGCUGCCACAAUUCUGGGAAGUCACUUUGAGAGUGCUGCAUAACACGGUUGCAGUUCUCCCGGGUUGGCUAGAGACACAGCCUCUGGCAGCAGAAUACUCGUGGAGAUCGCGACGUACUGGCAGCCAUGCAGCCAUACCCAGAGCCACAAGGGCUGCAUUGUCAUGGCAGCCACUCACACCACAAGGCAGUGCAAGAAUAGAACUGGCUGGCGCUGCCGCCUCGCUCCUUGGAUCAAGUACAUGGGACGCUGACCUCUGCGCCGCCAUGGGCCCAAUCAUUGCGAUUGGCGAUCGUACCAACAAUGCGUAUCGAGCGUCGUUGUCCAUUGCGCACGGCAAUACUGCCUUCCUAGGCUCGGGACUUCAGUACGGAGUUAUGGGUAUGACGUAG